ACAGCAGCACCUCUGCACAGGCAGGAGCUCUGAAGCUGCACCUGGCAGGGACUCUUAGUGCCUGGCUCCUGUGGGCAGGCAGGAGGGAGAGACUCUGCUGGGAGGAGGCUGACUCUGACCCAGACCAGACCUGUGUGGGGAGCAGAGAUGGCGGCUCAGAGGACCCUGGCCAGGUGCUGUUUCCUGCUGUUCCUCUCUGUGGCCACCAGGGGGCAGAACGCAGCUGCAGUUCAGUGUCCAGAUAUUGUCCCAGAGAAGAACCCCUGUGCUUCUCCCCUUCCCAUCCUGCCUCGAAGCUGUAAGGAAGUGAGAGAACGCUGUCCUGCAGCAACAGAUGGCAUAUAUCACCUCCUCACCAAGAAUGGGGCUGUCUACCAGACCUUCUGUGACAUGACCACAGAUGGUGGUGGCUGGACCCUUGUGGCCAGUGUGCACGAGAACUUCUUGGCCGGGAAGUGCACGGUGGGCGACCACUGGAGCAGCCAGCAGGGCAACCGGGCUGACAACCCCGAGGGGGAUGGCAACUGGGCCAACUACAACACGUUCGGGUCUGCAGAGGGGGCCACCAGUGACGACUACAAGAAUCCCGGCUACUUUGACAUCCAGGCCCAGGACCUGGGCAUCUGGCAUGUCCCCAACAAGACUCCCCUGCCUUCCUGGAGGAACAGCUCCCUGCUGAGAUACCGCACUGACAAUGGCUUCUUCCAGGACCUGGGACACAAUCUUUGGGGUCUACCAGGUACCCAGAAAUACCCAGUCAAGUACGGAAUAGGCAGGUGUUCAGCUGACAAUGGCCCAGCCAUUCCUGUCAUCUAUGACCUCGGGGAUGCCCAGAAAGCUGCCUCUUACUACUCACCACAUGGUCAGAAGGAAUUUGUUGCUGGAUUUGUUCAAUUCCGGGUGUUCAAUAAUGAACAAACUGCCAAUUCCUUGUGUGCGGGGAUGAAGGUUACUGGCUGCAACACAGAGCACCACUGCAUCGGUGGAGGAGGAUUCUUCCCUGAGGGUAGUCCCUUGCAGUGCGGGGAUUUCGCUUCUUUUGAUUGGAGUGGAUACGGAACACACAGUGGAUACAGCAACAGUAAAGAAAUCACAGAGGCUGCUGUGCUCCUGUUCUACCGCUGAGAGCUCUGAGCCGGGCAUUGAUCUCUCUCCUCACCCCCAUCUUCAGAGAUAGAUGGACACACAGAAUAUCAACAAGAAAGAAUUACAGUAAUCUCAACAGCUGUGCAUGAUCUUAUAUUUCUCUGAAUUCCUUGUACAAACUGGCUGGAACCUGGUAGAAUAGAUUUUUAUAAUACCCA